AUUAAAAGGACCAGUAUGACUCCGAGCUUGCCAUUACAGACCUUCAUCCCACAUUCCAUCACUGAAUUUACCAUUAUCAACCACAAGACAUUUCUUUGAACAUCAAUAACCGUACAUUCAUUUUCUUAGUCACGUUUGAUUCACAAACCAACAAGUAACCACCGCCAACAGAAUGCGUGUCUCUUGUUUUUUCGUGUCCGCCGCUAUCAUGCUCGCUGAGCAGACCAGUGCGCUUCCAAUCGGCGGCCUACCUACCCUUGCCAGCGAGGGAAAAUACAUUCAUAGCCUUGCACCCACCUUUCACCCGGUCCCGCUUGUUGGAGGCUUGACCGACAAGCUGCUUGAAGACCCAAGCAAAGGUGGCUUGAUUGCGACCUCUGAUUUGGUCGGUGAAGACGGCCUCGUUGAUACGGACGGUCCCUUGGGCAAGAUCACCGGCUCUCUUCGACGCCGACAAGGUCUACCGCUUGUCGGUGCCCUUGGCUCCCUCGCCAACGGCGUUCAAAGCCUCCCCCUACUUGGCAGCGUUGGUUCUGUCGCUCCAGUCACCCAAGGCCUCACCUCCAGAGUCGGCACCUUGGGCGGCGCGCCAAUCUCUCCCUCACUCGGUAAACUACCUUCAAUCAUCAAGCGCGAGAGUGGUAUUCCUACCAUUCCAGUUAUCAGCUCCCUCAGGCCAGUCGUCAGCUCCAUGCGCGAUUUAAACGCAACCGCCCUUGGAAAUGAAGUCACUCACUACAAGCCCUUCACCUCCGGCAUGUCGAUGCCCAACUUCUUUAAACGAGCCAUCGGGCUCAACUCGCUUCCAUCGAUGGGCUCCUUCCCCGGAGCUAGCAGUCUCACUUCGUUCCCCGGCUUCAGCAGUUUCCCAUCAAUGCCAUCCCUUCCAGGUAUGAGUAGCCUACCCUCGAUGCCAUCCCUUCCUGGCAUGGGUAGCUUGACCUCCUUCCCGAGCAUGCCGAGCUUGCCAUCCAUGUCGACCCUUCCCAGUCUGCCCUCUAUGCCGUCGGUGCCCGGUAUCUCCUCCGCCCCCGGUCUCAGCACUCUUACCUCCGGCGGACUCCCAGGCAUGAGCAGCCUUGGUGGCAUCCCAUGAGUAUCACCAGAAUUCGCUCUCCGGUAGAAUUUAUGU